AUGGCAAACCCCACAGAUCGUCCAAACAGCGGCGACACGAACCCGGCCUCAACACAGCAACAUGUGCUAGGUAUUCCUCGUCCUCCCUCGGUGGGAGGAAUUUCAUCACGAGUGACAGAUGACGACGGAGAGCGAACAACUUCUUUUACAUCACCUCCACCAUCGCACCAGCAUGGACCCUCGGCUUCCAGGCGUGGUCCGCCUCCGACGCGAAACUCCAUUACCGCGUCCAGCCAAGUCACCAGCAGACCUGAUAGCUCGGCUAGCCGGCUGAGUAGAAGUCAUAUCCCAUCCCUGACGGCCCAGGCAUUCUUCCGGCCAAUGAGUUCGCAGCGAUUGCAAGCACACCGGGGUACUCGCCCUAGGACCAAGGGAACGUUUUCGUCCGAUGACUGGACAGAACAAGGAAGUCAGAACCGGAGGAGCAUAGUUUCGAACAGUACAGUCCCCCAAGGUUCUCUUCCUCAGACAGAUAUGGAAGCUCCACCGUCUCGGGGUACAGAAUUCACGGAUCCCAUCAUCCCGGACCGCAACACCUCCAACGCCAGCCCUAUCGACAACACAACCAUCCGAAGUUUGGGCGACAGUGUCAGGCUGCUGCGAGACAGAGAGGAGAGACAGAAACCCCAGCCUGGUCGUCUCAACCUGGAUGCGAACUAUUCAGGACAAGCCGCUCAGGAUGUACCGCCGAAAUCACCACUUUCAUUCCUCUCAUUCCAACAAAAUAGGGGAACGCCACACAACCAUGACUCUCGGGGCCAUGAACAUCUUUCAUCCGCUACCUCUUCUCCGGGACCUCUUGAUGUGAAGAAGCCCCCUCUUCCAAAAUCUAAUUUGGGGAAGAAUUGGGAAUAUUUCACUGGCAAUACUCUGUUUUGCGGAGGAGGGCGAUUCCAAAAUGCGAGAGAUAAGCCCGUCAAUAUUGCAACGGGGCUUCUAGUCGUUGUACCGUCAGCUUUGUUCCUCGGAUUCUCGGCCCCUUGGCUAUGGCAUAACGUCUCACCUGCCAUUCCAAUCUUGUUUGCCUAUAUCUUCUAUAUUUGCAUCUCAUCCUUCGUACAUGCGUCUACCGUCGAUCCUGGAAUAAUGCCCCGGAUUGUUCACCCUAUGCCCCAGCCGAAUCCUUCAGAUGAUCCGUUGGCGCUUGGCCCCCCUACAAAUGACUGGGUGAUGGUCAAACUCGCUACUUCCGAGGUGGCUGCCAUGGACGUGCCUGUCAAAUACUGCAAGACAUGCAGCAUCUGGCGGCCUCCUCGCUGCUAUCAUUGUCGUGUCUGUGACAACUGUGUCGAGACCCUCGAUCACCACUGUGUGUGGCUCAACAAUUGUGUUGGUCGCCGCAACUAUCGCUAUUUUUUUACUUUUGUCAGCUCUUGCACCAUUUUAUCUUUCUUUUUAAUUGGCGCCAGCCUCGCACAUAUCUUGGUCUAUAGGUCGCAGGAGCACAUCUCCUUUGGUGCCGCAAUUUCCAAAUGGAGGGUGCCCUGGGCUAUGGUGAUCUAUGGUAUCGUUGCAGUGCCUUAUCCCACGUCCCUUUGGGCAUACCAUUUGUUCCUGACCGGUCGUGGCGAGACAACAAGGGAGUAUCUCAACUCGCACAAGUUUGCCAAGGCGGACCGCCAUCGGCCCUUCACUCAGGGAAAUGUUCUCAAGAACUGGAUUGCCGUCCUUGGACGUCCCCGACCUCCCACAUACAUGCAGUUCAAGAAACGAUAUGAGGAUGGCGAUCAACGAUUGGGGACACAGAAGCGCAAGUAUCGUGUCCCCGAUGUUGAAUCUCAAGGAGACAUUGAGAUGCAACAUGUCGGUCCCCAGCAGGGCUAA